AUGGCGAGUUGCUGCGCGUGUACUAACGCUGCGGGCGGCAGCACAGCCAAUGCCUUACCCUUAAUCUGUCUGGUUCCACGUGAUGACGCUCGCGAGCCCACGCCUGGACAGAAACCACGUCCUAUGUCGUCUGGAACACCCUCUGCAGACUUCCAAUUACUCGAUGAAGACUACAUCAAGAAACAUUUCAAGCUGCCGCAGCGUGCUCUUUAUUUGGAUCCAUUCCGCCGACCUCUGAUAACAUUUCCUAUGACCCAAGAGGAUGUAAAACACUUUAACUUAGCAAGGAAGUAUAAAAUUAACCAACAAAUAUUGGACGGUUCUCUCGACCCGAGCGAAGCUAUUUCAGCACCGAGUGUCUUCCCCUACGCGAAGUCUGAAUCAGAAAAGAAAAAAGAAUCCGAAGAAGAAGAGGAAAUUAUUUAUAUUCUUCAGUUACCAGACUGGGAGUUCAACUGUCCGGUUCAUAAUCAAAGAAUAAAAACGCCAAGGUUCAUAUGGCACUCCUGUAAAAAGUCACCAAAAGGAAAAGAAGGUGGACCCAAACGUGGAGGUGGACCUCUAAAUAAGCCUAAACCCUGGCUACUUAGUAGGCAUACAGACUUUGACUUAUUAUCACAAUGGUAA